AUGGGUUACGCCGGAAGGACCCUUGCAAGGCAGCAGGAUCUCGAUCGCCAUCGAGUAGUUCGACUAGCUGAGAAGUCCUUACAGGCAAUCCACAAUCUAGGCGUGCUUCAUAGUGAUCCAAUACCCGGAAAUAUGAUCUGGGACGAGAAAAGUAGUCGGGUGACGUUUAUUGAUUUUGAGCGGGCAACGCUGCAAACCCGACGAAUACCACUAGGGGGAAUUUCACCUAAUCAGAAACGCAAGCGGGAAGUCUGCCUCUGGGAGAAGAGUCCAAGCUCGCGAAGCGCGCAUGAGACAUGGUUUAUGAUGAUGUGUUGA